GGGCUGAUGACGCAGUGAACCAGUGAAGAUGGCUCCCUUUCCGGACGAGGUGGAUGUUUUUACUGGCCCACAUUGGCGAAUGAAGCAGUUGGUGGGCCUGUACUGCGAAAAGCUGUCAAAAACCAAUUUCUCCAACAACAAUGACUUCCGCUCCUUCCUUCAGUCCCUGUGCGCCACCUUCAAAGAGUUCAAGAUGCACGAGCAAAUCGAGAAUGAGUAUAUUAUCAGCCUAUUACAACAGCGUUGCUGCACAGUCUAUAACGUGCACUCCGACAACAAACUAUCAGAGAUGCUGUCCCUCUUUGAAAAGGGGCUGCAUAGCAUUAAGAGUGAAUAUGAGCAGCUUAACUAUGCCCAGCAGCUGAAGGAGAGACUGGAGGCUUUCACACAGGACUUUCUGCCCCACAUGAAGGAGGAAGAAGAGGUGUUUCAGCCUAUGCUUAUGCAGUACUUCACCUACGACGAGCUGAAGGACAUAAAGAAGCAGGUCAUAGCACAACACUGCAGCCAACAGCCAUGGGACUGUGCUGCUGAAGUGCUGAAGGGCUUCACCUUGUGGACUCAGGCAGAGGAGCUGCAAAAAGCCUUUAAAUAUGCUGAUCAUGAGAAGACCGAUUAUGACCUGGAGAAAAACAGCGAUUCUUCAACCCACAUCUCCCAGCUUCCUACAGAAAUUAUGCUGAGGCUGUUUUUGUAUUUGGGCCCUGAUGAUCUGUGUCGCUGUAGUCAAGUGUGUAGUUCGUGGUCAGAGUUGGCAAAGACUGGCUCUUUGUGGAGACACCUCUAUCCUGUGCGCUGGGCCAGAGGUGAUUAUUAUAGUGGCCCUCCAGGGGAUCUCGACCAGGAGGCAGAUGAGGAGUGGGUGGAGAGUCGGCAAAACGAGGGCCGUGCUUAUCAGGAGUGGGAUGAAGAUGCUGAUGUUGAUGAGUCAGAUGUGUCGGGUGACAGAGAAGGCUCCGUCGCAAUUAAUGCUGCUCAACGAGAGAAGAAGCUCCUGAAUGGGAUCAUCCAGAACCUUCUUCCAGCUGUGGGUUCAUCUGUCAAGUCCAUUAUUCUGGCAUACAGUUGUACAGUUUCAAGUAAAAUGGUGCGUCAGAUUGUCAGCCUCUGCCCCAAUAUUGUUCAUCUGGACUUGACUCAGACUGACGUCACAGAUUUUGCAUUUGACAGCUGGUCGUCUCUUGGAGGCUGUCAUUUUCUGGAGCACCUGGAUUUGUCAGGGUGUGAAAAGAUCACUGAUCAGACCCUGAAGAGACUGUCUUUUGGACUGGGUGACCUCACGUCUUCCAUCCGUUCUGGCAAACACUCGGAUCGGCAAGCUAAGCUGCUUAAAAGUUCCCCAUUACCCAUCACAUUCAUGGAUGAGCGAAAUCUGCAUGCAGUGCGACGAAAGCAGCAGCAGGCCAUCAUUUACAAGCAUAGGACUGGCCCUUGGGGCUCUGCUCGCAUCCCAACUCAAGUCUGGGUCUUGGACACUUCGGACCUUGGUGAUAUUGAAGACGCUGCAGAGUGGAGCCGUCGGGGAGGGAUGUCUCUUUCUGAAAGCUUUGUUGAGGCGCAGCUUGUGGGAGGCCUGUGCUGCCGCAGGAGGCAUGGACAUAGGACUGGAUCAGAUGCCUCCUACUUGCAUCAGCAGCACGCAUUAGCUGGGGACAUGUUCUGUGGUCACUCAACCUGUUGCUCGAGUGAUACGGCCCUGAGGACUUUUACUGGGCCCCAAAUUGUGUCAGGCGCCAUCAGAAAGAGCACGUCACAGUUCCAGACUGAUCGCCCCCCAUUUGGUGGGCUGCGGUGUGUGGAGCCUGAAAACAGGACUGAUUGCUCAAAGGCAAAACGCUCACUGAAAUUUCUGAGUCUGUCAGGAUGUUACCAAAUCACUGAUUUGGGCUUGAGGGUUUUGUCUCAGAGUGGAGGGCUUCCUGCCCUGGAGCAUCUCAACUUGUCUGGCUGCCUCUUCAUCACCGAGGUGGGGCUGCAGGAGCUGGUGUCAGCCUGUCCUUCCCUCAAUGAUGAACACUUCUAUUACUGCGACAAUAUUAACGGUCCCCAUGCCGACACGGCCAGCGGCUGCCAGAACCUGCAGUGUGGUUUCAGAGCCUGCUGUCGCUCUGGAGAGUGAUCCUACCCCAGAAAUGCUUUGCUAAAAUGUAAUUUCUCCUUAUUGUUGCACUUUAUCCGGGGAUUACCAUUCGCUGUAUUUUGUGUCACCUAAAAAUGUUUCUUGAUGGAACUGUAAAUUUGAGACUGAAGCAUGUUUUGCUUGUUGUCCUGGGCGGUGAAAGGAAUUUAAUGUUCCUAUCCACUUACAUUUAUUUAAAUAGAACACAACGGAAAUGCAUAGGAGCACUCAACAAUCCAUUCCUGCAACUAAAAACCAUACAGAUUAAUAAAACUGAACACUUUUGACAUUCUCUGCCUUUUCCUUUUUUUUUUUUUUUUUUAAUUUAAAUUAACUUGCUAGGGUCCUGAAACAUCUCCCGCAUUUUUUUUUGUCUUAAAGUCCUAUAAAAUAAAUCAACAGGGUAAAGGAUACUUGGCAAUAUCCGAGCAGGUUAGUUUUUUUUUUUUUGAUAAAGUGGUUUAAGAAUAGAAAACGCUUAGCAGGUGUUCAUGUUUCUAUAUCAAAAUCAAUGUAAAA